CCAAAAGUUGUACCUAUAAAAUUUAUAUUUAUUAAAUAAAAACUUUGUAUUAAAAAAACUGCUUUUGAUUGAAUUUCAUAUUCUCCCUAAAUGAAACUUUAAAUGCUACAAGAUAAAGCAUUGUGGUGCAGUGGAUUAUGCCAGCUUUAGCCAGCCAAGUUAAUGUUAUCAUUUUUCCUCUAACUACAAACCCAGUGGAGUUCUUUUUUCUUUGUUUUGAGAAAAACAAAAGAGAAGUCAGCAAGCAGGCAUUGUGGCGCAGUAUGGGACAUUCUCAUCCCGUAUGAGUGCUGGAUUGAGUCUCUCCUCUGCUUGCAGCCCAGCUUCCUGCUAACGGGCCUGGGCAGGCAGCCGCCCAUGAUCCAGGUACUUGGGUUCCUGCUGCUUGUGUGGGAAAUCUGAAUGGGGUUCCAGGUUCCUGCUUUCAGCCUGGCGCAGUCCCAUCUGUUGCAGGCAUUUGGGGAGUGAGCCAGCAGAUGCAGAUGAAAGAUUUCUGUGUGUCUCUCAUUCUGCCAUUUGAGUAAAUAAAAUCUCAUUUAAAAAAAUAAAACAUUUGGGGCCAGCACUGUGGUGCAGUGGGUUAACGCCCUGGCCUGAAGCACCGGCAUUGCAUAUGGGCGCCGGUUCGAGACCCAGCUGCUCCAUUUCCAAUCCAGCUCUCUGCUAUGGCCUGGAAAAGCAGUAGAAGAUGGCCCAAGUCCUUGGCCACAACAGCUGGAGCUGGACCGAUCCGAAGCCAGGAGCUUCUUGGUCUCCCACUUGGCUGCAGGGGCCCAGUCACUUGUGCUGCCUUCCAGUGCUUUCCCAGGCCAUAGCAGAGUGCUGGGUUGGAAGAGAAGCAGCCAGGACUAAAACCGGCAUCCGUAUGGGAUGCUGGUACUGCAAGUAGAGGCUCCUAAAUAAGUCUUUAAAAAAUAAACAGGAAUUGCAGUGGUCGGAGUUUGUCAUAGUGCUAAGACACCAGUUGGGAUGCCUGCAUUCUGUAACAGGAUGCUGGAGUUUGGAGUCUUGGCUCUGCUCCACUUUCCUGCUAAUGUGCACUCUAGAAGGCAUUGGGUUCAAGUAGUUGGACCAUUGUCUCCCAUGUGGGAGACCUAGAUUGAGUUCCCAUUUCCUGGCUUGUGGAUGUUUGGGCAGUGGACCAGCAAAUGGGAGAGCUGUCUGUCUCUGUCUCUGCCUUUCAAAUCAAAUAAUUGUUAAAGAACAAAAUCCAAACUACACAGACUAGAAAGGGCAAUUGAGACUCUAUUGUACUUAACUUUUUUCACCUUUUUAGAACUUGAUUUGAGGCUAGAUUAUUUGAAUCUAGAGAAGGAAGGGAUUUGGGAAAAUGUUUUUGCUAGCAUUUUUUUUUAAGAUUUAUUUAUUUGAAAGAUUGACAAAGAAAUUGUUCAUCUACUGGCUCAUUCCCCAAAUGACUAUAAUGGCAAGGUCUGAGCCAAGCCACUGCCAGGAACCUGGAACUCCUUCCAGGUCUCCCAUGGAGGUUGCAAAGACCCAGAUAUUUUCGCCAUCUUCUGCUGCUUUCUCAGGCACAUGAGCAGAGAGCAGGGUUGAAAGUAGACCAGCCAGGACUCAAACUGAUGUGAUAUGGGAUGCUGGUGUUGUAGGUGUUGCUAAACCUGCUGUGCCCCAGUGUUGGCCCCAUAGCACUUCCGAACUGUGUGCUCCAGCCAGGUUGGACUCCUCUGAUUUCUUUUCCCACUUUGUAUGGCUUACUUAGAAAAAAAAAUUCUGCCUGUAAUGUAUUCAUGUCAUUUCCUGCUUUAAAAUUUUGUAGUGUGAACGUAUUAUUUAAACUGUAUGUUUAUUUCACACUGUUUACUAUCAGUUUCAUUAGAAUUGAGUUAUGCAUAAGUACUUCUAAGAUCUGGAGAUGGAUAGCAGUGAUAAAAACACCAUUACUGGCCGGCGCCGCGGCUCACUAGGCUAAUCCUCCGCCUGUGGCGCUGGCACACCAGGUUCUAGUCCCGGUCGGGGCGCCGGAUUCUGUCCCAGUUGCCCCUCUUCCAGUCCAGCUCUCUGCUGUGGCCCGGGAGUGCAGUGGAGGAUGGCCCAGGUGCUUGGGCCCUGCACCCGCAUGGGCGACCAGGAGGAAGCACCUGGCUCCUGGCUUCAGAUGGGCGCAGUGCGCCGGCCGUAGUGGCCAUUUUGGUGGUGAACCAACGGAAGGAAGACCUUUCUCUCUCUUUCUCAGUCUAACUCUGCAUAAAAAAACCAUUGCUGUCUUCAAAUAACUUGUGUUCUCGGGGCCGGCACUGUGGCGCAAUGGGUUGACACCCUGGCCUGAAGCACUGGCAUCCCAUAUGGGCACCGGUUUGAGACCUGGGUGCCCCACUUCUGAUCCAGCUCUCUGCUAUGGCCUGGGAAAGCAGUAGAAGAUGACCCAAGUCCUGGGGUCCCGCACCUAUGUGGGAGACCCAGAAGAAGCUCCUUGCUUCUGGCUUCAGAUUGGUGCGGCUCUGAUCGUUGCGGCCAUCUGGGGAGUGAAUCAGCAGAUGGAAGACCUCUCUCUCUGCCUCUACCUCUCUCUGUAACUUUGUCUUUCAAAUAAAUAGAAUAAAUCUUAAAAAAAAAAAAAAAAACUUGUGUUGUUGGAAUUCAGGUUCUUUUGAAAGGAUGCAGUCUUUCCUUUUCAGUGUUGUGGCACUGUCUCAUGUUGUUCACAUCAUUCAAAUGGCAACUGUGAUUUUUCUCUGAGUAUUUGAUUUAACAGUUCACAGUCCUUAAGGACAUACAUGAUGGCAUCACAUAAGAUAGUGUUCCUGACCACUUUUCAACUCUGACCUUGGACAAACUGGUCUGAGCCUUUUAUUUGAAAAGGGAGAGACAGUUGGUAAUACUGCCUAGUAGGGUUGUUGAGACUACAGUCUUUCAUGUCAUUGUCAUAGCCCACUGUGAAGAAGUGUGACUGGUUACCAAAAGAUGUACCUUUAUUUUACCCACACCGUAUCCACAUGAUAUUUGCACAGUUAAUGAGAUGAGUGAGUAUAUUGAAGACUAUGAUAAAUAUAUAUAUUCCAAAGAGUACUCUUGGUAACUGAGACUUGUUUGUUUAACUAGGCUGUGUCCUUUACUUGCUAGGUGAGCUUGCAUGUAGGAGCCCCCUAAAACUCUGUUACUUCAUAACUUGUGGAGGAAUGUGAAUCAUGUUAAUUAUCUGUAAAUUUUAACUGUGUUACUAUAAGGAAUGUAUAAAUAAAAUGUGCAUGUUGAGAGGUGACUUCCAGGUAGAAGGAUGAAGAAAAGCAUUGUGUUGGGAGUGGGUGCUGUGGUGUAGCAGGUUAAGCCUCUGCUUGCAAUGCUGGCAUCCCAUAUGGGUGCUGGUUUGAGACCCAGCUGCUCCACAUCUGAUCUUGCACUCUGCUAAUCCACCUGGGAAAGCAGCAGAAGGUGGCCUAAGUGCUUGGGCCUCUCUACCCGCGUGGGAGACCCAGAAGUUUUUGGCUCAUGGCUUCAGAUCAGCCCAGUUCUGGCCAUUGUGGCCAUUUGGGGAGCAAAUCAGUGGAUGGAAUAUUCUGCCUCUCCUGUGUAACUCUGCCUUUCAAAUAAAUAAAAAAUAAACAUUUAAAAAGAAAAUCAUUUUGAAGUAUGUAACCUUAACCUUAAAAAAAUUGUCUCAGGGAGGGUGAGAAGACAAAAGAAGGCAUUUAGGGUAGAAGAUAACUAAGAGAUACGGAGGAUAUACAGAGAAGCAUGCCUGCUGUGUGCUUAACACUGUUCUCGGUACAUUUAUGUAUAUUCUUGUGGGAUCCAUUUGAUAACCCUGUGUUUCACAAAUAGGGUAGCUGAACUCAUUUCAGAAAAGUAACUGUCAUGAUAGAGCUGAGAACUGACUCCAAGCCUGAUUGAUUUUCAGUGUUCAUCCUCUUUCCACUGAAGUUCUUUGGCUUCCUGGUAACCAGUAGUUAAUUUAUAUUAAUUUAUAAGAGAGUUGUGAGAGUGCCGGCACCACAGCUCACUAGGCUAAUCCUCUGCCUGUGGUGCUGGCACCCCGGGUUUUAGUCCCGGUCGGGGUGCCGGAUUCUGUCCUGGUUGCCUCUCUUCCAGUCUAGCUGUCUGCUGUGGCCCGGGCACUGUGACUGGGCUGGCAUUGUGGCUUAGUAGGUUAAGCAUCUGCCUGUUCAAGUCCCAGCUGUUCCUCUUGUGAUCUGGCUCCCUGCUGAUGGCCUGGGAAAGCAGUAGAAGAUGGCCCAACUGCUUGGGCCCCUGCACCUGCAUGGGAGACCCAGAGGGAGCUCCUGGCUUUGGAUUGACUCAACCCCAGUUGUUGCAGCCACCUGGGAAGUGAAACAGCAGAUGGAAGACCUUUCUCUCUCUCUCUCUCUCUCUCUCUCUCUCUCUCUCUCUCUGUAACUAUGCCUUUCAAGUAAAUAAAUCUCUAAAAAAUUAAAUAAUAUGGUGUGUUAAAAGAUGGUCAAUCAUUUGGGAAGAGUUAGAGGAGUGGGGAGUGUAGCAAAGCAGGAUGUUUGGGAAGAGAGUGAUUUAGAACAGUCGCAUGGGGCGGGCGGUCCCUGAGAGAGACAUCUGAGUGAGGACUUGAACGUUGGGGGAGUAAGCAGCAGAUAUUCGAGGAAGGGCCAUGGCCUGAGGUGAUUGUGCCUGGCCUGUUUGAGGAAAAAGCACAUUGGUGAGCGCAGCUGGUACUGAGGGGGGAGGGGUAAAGAAGUCGCAGAUGAGACCAGAGAGGGCCCCGAUCAUGUAAGGGUUGUAGGAUGUUGAAAGAUUUUGGUUGGCCAUUUCAGGGUUUUGAGCUAGGAGUGUCAUGAUCUGAUUGGAAUUUUAAAAGAUUCUCUCUGACUUUGUCUUAAAUAUCCUGUUCCUUUGGUACAGCUCAUUUCAGUAAGAGUGGAAGAGGAAAGUAAUUGGAACGACUUGGAUUGAGGCACUAAAAGAACCUCAGAUCUCCUUGAAUCUACCACAGUGUAUGGGGGUGUGUGUGUGUGUGUGUGUGUGUUAUUUUUUGUGAGAGAUGAUGUUUUUUGGCCAUAGUGGAUGUUUAAUCUUGGUAUGCAGUAAAAGUUAACAUCUGUCCUGAUGCUGCUGUCUUUUUGAGCAGCCUUGCAAGGUUGGCCUUCAUAUGGACAGUUGGAUUUAGGGAGGAUUUUCACAGAUCAGAUCCCUCUCUGUUAAGUGUGGUUCACUGUGCCUAGACUGUCAAGCAAUAUGAUUUAUGUGAAACACCUGCUUUCCUUCUGGGAAUUGAGUUUUUUUUUUUUUAAUUAUUUAUUUGAAAGGCAGCAUUACAGAGGAAGAGUGUGAAUGAGCGAGUGGGAGUGAGAGGUAGAUACCUUAUAUCUGCUGGUUCACUCUCCAAAUGCUCACAAUAGCCAGGCUGAAGCCUCCAGCCAGGAACUUCAUCCGGGUCUCCCACAUGGGUGCAGAGGCCAAAGCACUUGAUCCAUCUUCUGUUGCUUCCUAUGCUCAUUAACAGGGAGCUGGAUUGGAAGCAGAGUGGCCAGGACUUGAACUGGUACCGAAAUGGGUUGCUGGAGCUGCAGGUAGCAGCUUACACUGCGCCCCAGCAUUGGCUCCAGAAUCCGGAGUUUCGAUGCAUGCCAGGCAGAGGGUUCCUGUGGGGCUUCCUUCCAGUAAAAACCCUGGAGGCUGAGUCCCUGAGCAGAACAUCACACAUACGAGUGUGUGCUCCGACUACUCAGUGCAGCCUCUGUUAGCAUUUUGUUACUACAACAAAAUACCACAGAUAAGUAACUUGUGAAGGAAAGAAGUUUGGUUUGGCUCAUGGUUCUGGGUCUCCACAGUGGCCCCUUUGGUAGGGUCUCUGAUGAAGGCAGAGGGUGGCAGAGCACUUGCAGAGGAAGCCAGGAAGCAGAGAGAGGCUGGGCCCCAGUCAGCCUUUGCCACCUCCCUUGUGAGAACUAGAAUCACCUUCCAAGAGCAUGCUUCCCCCUCCCCCCUCCCAAGCUAUAAGACCUCCUACUAGGUCCAGCUCCUAAAUAACGUAACUGGAUUAUGUUUUCACCCUCUCAGUACCAUUACCUUUUGACUUUAAAGUUUAAACAUCUGCAUGAGUUUGGCAGCCAAAUCUUGUUCAAAGCAUAGCAGAGGGAAGCAUCAUAACAUCUACACAUGGAUUCCUCUUGAACCUGUCCAGGUCUUUUUCCUAUCUGAUGUGACCUUGUGUGCUCUCAUUGUCACUGGAUUGAACUUUAGCAGUGAGUACAGUGCUUAAUUGUGCUGAGUUCUGAGAGCCUGUGUAGCAAUCUGUAAACAUGGAAUUGAUCUUGAAGAUCCUUAAUGUGGCACUUUUUAAAAAACUGUAAUCACCGGUGCCGCGGCUCACUAGGCUAAUCCUCCACCUAGCAGCGCCGGCACACCGGGUUCUAGUCCCGGUUGGGGCGCCGGAUUCUGUCCCGGUUGCCCCUCUUCCAGGCCAGCUCUCUGCUGUGGCCAGGGAGUGCAGUGGAGGAUGGCCCAAGUGCUUGGGCCCUGCACCCCAUGGGAGACCAGGAAAAGCACCUGGCUCCUGGCUCCUGCCAUCGGAUCAGCGCGGUGCGCCGGCCGCAGCGCGCCGGCCGCGGCGGCCAUUGGAGGGUGAACCAACGGCAAAGGAAGACCUUUCUCUCUGUCUCUCUCUCUCACUGUCCACUCUGCCUGUCAAAAAAAAAAAAAUAUAUAUAUAUAUAUAUAAAUAAAAAAUAAAAAACCCCUGUAAUCAAGUUAAUAGGAAAACAUCAGAUUAUGGGUAGAAGGUGCAGCUUUUUUUUUUUUUUUUAAGAUUUACUUAUUUGGCAGAAGGGCAGAGUGACACACACGCACACACACAGAGAAUGAAUGAGAGAGAUAGGUCUUGGUUCACUCCCCAAAUGUCCACAACGGUUAGGGAUAAGCUAAGCCAAAGCCAGGAAUUCCAUCCUGGUCUCCCAUGGUGGGUGGCAGGGAUCCAAGUACCUGAACCAUCAUCCACUGCCUCCCCAGUUGCAUUAUUAGCAGGAAGCUGGGUCAGAAGCAGAGGAGCUGAGACUUGAGCUGGCACUCUGCUACGGGAUGCAGGUGUGCCAAACAGCGGCUUAACCUGCUGCCCUGCAGUGUCCUCCUCGGAAGCUGCAGUAUCGGGCAGCCCAUGGCGUCAGCUCUGCGGUGGAGCGGUUCUCUGAGCUGUUUCUGCUUUGUUAAUUCUUUACAUUUCUCUUAAGUUUCCCCCUAGCUGGCUGCAGCCAUACUUCUGUAACUGAAUUUGCUGAUAAUAACUUCUCCAUCAGGCUGGGGAAAAUGGAGAAUGAGGAGAUUAAAGUGUGGAUUUGUUUAUUACUCACCGUUAAAAUGUUCAUAUCCUUUGACUUCGGGACUGCAUUACUAGGGAUUUAACCUAAGAAAACAGUUCAAUGAAAGGAGAACAGUGUUUACAUAAAGAUGAUCAUUAUAACAGGCUAACAAAAAAUAGGGAACCAUCUAUAUGUCAACCAUUAGGGAAAAAUUAACUAAUGGUGCAAUCUCAAAAGGUGACAUUAACCCAGUGUUGUAUCAACAGGUGAGUGGAUAAACAAAAUAUAGCAUGUACAAUCAGUGGAAUAUUAUCCAACAUGAGAAUGAAAUUCUGAUGGGUGAAUAAACCUUGUAGGAAGCAAAAGAAGCCAGACACAAAAUGAUACUGUAUUACUGCAUUCAUUGUUAACUGUGAGGUACCUAAGUAGGCAAAUUCAGAGAUAGAGAGUAAGAGUUAGUGAGGCUGAGGUUGGGAGAAAGCAUGAGGGGCUACUGUUUAAGUGGUCCAAGGAUUCUUUUGGAUAAUGAAAAAGUUCUGGAAAUGAAUAGUGGCAGUAAUUGUACAACAUUGUGACUACUUAGUACCACUGAAUCCUAUGCUUAGAGAUUGAUAAAAUGUGGCCGUCACUGUGGCUCACUAGGCUAAUCCUCCACCUGCAGCACUGAGGCGCCGAAUUCCCUUCCGGUUGCUCCUCUUCCAGUCCAGCUCUCGGCUAUGGACUGGGAAGGCAGUGGAGGAUGGCCCAAGUGCUUGGGCCCUGCACUCACGUGGGAGACCAGGAGGAAGCACCUGGCUCCUGGCUUUGGAUCAGUGCAGCGUGCUGGCCGUGGCGGCCAUUUCGGGGGUGAACCAACGGAAGGAAGACCUUUCUUUCUGUCUCUCUCUCACUAACUCUGCCUGUCAAAAAAAAAAAAAGUUUAGAGAUGGAUAAAAUGGCAAAUUUUAUGUACAUUUCAUAAUAUAAAUUUUAAUAAAAAUACAUAAUAGAUCAUUUAAUUUAAUAAAUUGCAAAUAUGUGGGAUCUUCAAAAAGUUCAUGGAAAUAGAAUGAGGAAAUGUAUUUUGCUGUGAAAAUUUUUGAAACCCAGGCAUGGUUUUUUUAUAAUACAGAUCUUAAUGAAGUUUUAAAAGACUCAUAUUAAAGUAGUGGAAUUAAAAAAUUGCAUAUUUUAAAUUGAAUAAAUUUUAAAUGGGAAAUUAAAGUUACCUAGUUUAAAAUGUUUGCCAUUAAGAAUACCCUUUUGAAGGCCGGCGCUGAGGCUCAAUAGCUAAUCCUCUGCCUGCGGCGCCAGCACACUGGGUUCUAGUCACGGUCGGGGCACCAGAUUCUGUCCCGGUUGCUCCUCUUCCAGUCCAGCUCUCUGCUGUGGCCCCGGAGUGCAGUGGAGGAUGGCCCAAGUGCUUGGGCCCUGCACCCUCAUGGGAGACCAGGAGAAGCACCUGGCUCCUGGCUUCGGAUCAGCGUGGUGCACUGGCCGCGGCGCGCUGGCCGCAGCGGUCGUUGGGGGUGAACCAACGGAAAAGGAAGACCUUUCUUUCUGUAUCUCUCUCACUGUCCAGUCUGCCUGUCAAAAAAAAAAAUACUCUUUUGAAAAUGAAACAGAGUUCUUUAACUUCUGAGCUUUCUGUUCCUUCUGUUAUCCUCCCUUCCUCCUCAAACUGGAAGUGGUCUUUUCCUCCAUUGAGUCCCCACAGUACAUUUUCUGCAUCUCCUCAGUGUGUAUCUGUAUAAUCUUCUUAGUCAAUUUUUAGGUUAUUUAGCAUUCUAUUCCUGGAGCAUUUGUAUUGUAGCUUCCUGGCAUAGUGCACUGUAUAGAGUAUUCAAUGAGACUUAGUUGAGUUAAUAAUAAACAUGCGAUUGAGUGGAAGAGAAUGAUCAGAAUGGUUGAGCAUGCUUGCACAUGGGUUUUACAUUACUUUAAAUGUGUGCUUCAAUUAUGUGUACCUGCUAGAUGUAUGGCCUCACUGUAUUGAUGUUGGGCUGUUAUCAUAUGUAUUUUACCUUUUUGAGUACAACAUCCCAGUUUUCUUUUACCCAGAAAGGAAUGAGCCGGCCAGGUGAGGCAGGAGCAGCAGACAGAAAAGAGGGCAACAGUCAAUUUAAAAUUUCAUGAAUCUAUCGAAAAUCCUAAGAAUUAAUGUUCAUUCUUGAAUAGAAUGGGAAGGUAGUAUUUUUUUCCUGUCUUUCUAAGCCAGUGGCAUAAUAAUUUUUUGUCUAUGUGUUUACCAGCAGAGGGCACCAGCUGUGGGUUGAUAGGAGAGAGGAAAGACUCCCUAGACCCUAAGUAGUAGUGUUUCCAAGGUACUGGUCAGUGUGAAGCACCCUGCUUGCUGCUGUAGUUAUUCUGGCUUUCCUUCCACUCCCUUGUGGCACAGAGGUGCUCCUGUGACUUUCCCGAAGAGCAGUCUUCGGCUAGGCUUGGCUUUAAGUAAGCUCGGCAACGUGAGGAGUCCGGGUGGAAGGACUUCAUUAUAGUAGGUGUUUGGAAGCCUUGGCUGCCACCUUAUUUUCAUGUAGUAUCCUUAAGGUUUUCAAACACUACUGUUCUUAUCCAGAGGCUGGGUGGAAAGGUCAUCAGGCCAGGCAUCGCAGGAUGUGGAUCCACACCCAGCUUGGCCCCCUAGGUGGCCUAGAGCCAGUUGUUUUCUGGCUCAAUUUGCUUCUCUCUGAAAUUGAAGUUAUAAGAUAGGGAUAAUGCUUGUCUUGAUAGUAGCUAAUAGUGGGCUCUGUUGGGUUCAAAUCCCAGCUUUGCCAUUUAGUAGCUAUGGGACCUUGGUCCAGUCGUUUAAUUCUCAGAACCUUAGUAAACUCACUUUUUUUUUUUUUUUUAUUUGACAGGUAGAGUCACAGACAGUGAGAGAGAGACAGAGAGAAAGGUCUUCCUUCCAUUGGUUCACUCCCCAAAUGGCUGCAACAGCCAGAGCUGUGCCGAUCUGAAGGCAGGAGCCAGGUGCUUCUUCCUGGUCUCCCUUGUGGGUGCAGGGGCCCAAGUACCUAGGCCAUCCUCCACUGCCCUCCCGGGCCACAGCAGAAAGCUGGACUAGAAGAGGAGCAACCGGGACUAGAACCUGGUGCCCAUAUGGGAUGCUGGCUCCGCAGGUGGAGGCUUAACAUGGUGUGCCACAGCUCUGGCCCCCCUCAUUUUUUUUUUUAAAUUUUUAUUUAUUUAUUUUUUUUUUGACAGGCAGAGUGGACAGUGAGAGAGAGAGACAGAGAGAAAGGUCUUCCUUUUGCCGUUGGUUCACCCUCCAAUGGCCGCCGCGGCUGGCGUGCUGCGGCCGGCGCACCACGCUGAUCCGAUGGCAGGAGCCAGGAGCCAGGUGCUUUUCCUGGUCUCCCAUGGGGUGCAGGGCCCAAGCACCUGGGCCAUCCUCCACUGCACUCCUGGGCCACAGCAGAGAGCUGGCCUGGAAGAGGGGCAACCGGGACAGAAUCCGGCGCCCCGACCGGGACUAGAACCCGGUGUGCCGGCGCCGCAAGGCGGAGGAUUAGCCUAGUGAGCCGCGGCGCCGGCCCCCCUCAUUUUUAAAAUAGGGUCAAUGGUCCCUUCUUACAGGGCUGUGAGGAUUAAAUGGGAGUGGCCCAGGUGAAGUGUGAGGUCCAGGGUCUGGCACAGAGUACUCAGCUCACUGUUCAAGGGGUAUGGGGUGCUCUGCUGAAUGAAAGGAGACAAUGGACUCAGAGUGCUUUGUAGUUUUUAAAGAGCGCACGUGCCCUGGGCAGUGGCCAUCUCGAGUCUACUCUGGCCUUGGAUUCUUGUGUCUUCAGAGAAGGAGUCCUGGGAGCAGCCCACCUUUCCUCUGGAUAAGAUGCUGUUCUGUUUCCCUUUGGACUGUUUUGGGCCUCACAUUCCUUACUGGUUUUUGCUUGACUUUCUGGGUUCCCUCUAGGCAGUUACAGGGAGUGUCUGCUUAGCUCGUGGUCCAAAGCUAAGGGGAAGUUUUGAUGAUAUGGGUAUGUGUGGGCCUUAAGUAGCUCUGAUCUCGUCUAGUUCUUGCUGACCUAGUAGUAACAGUGACCACUGGAGAUGUGAAAAUGGCUCUCGGGAGGCCCUGCCGUGUCCUGCUUGAUCCUAGGACCAAGGGUUUAGAGAGGUGUAGUUUGGUAACACUGACAUAGACAGUGAAAAUAAUGGCUGUCAGUGGUUGCUGGUGCUUGUUACAGGCCAGUCUCUCUGCAAGGUGCUUUACAUAUUUUCUCUCUUUUUUUUUUAAGAUUUAUUUAAUUUAUUUGAAAGAGUUGCAGAGAGAGGUAGAAACAACCCAGAGAGAGAGAGAGAGAUACACUCCCCAAAUGGCUGCAAUGGCCAGAGCCAAGCUGAUCCAAAGCCAGAAGCCAGGAGCUUCAUCCAGAUUUCCCACAUGGAUGCAGGGGCUCAAGAACUUGGGCCAUCUUCCACUGCUUUCCCAGGCGCAUUAGCAGGGAGCUGGAUCAGAAGUGGAGCAGCCAGGACUCAAACCAGUGCCCAUAUGGGAUGCUGACACUGCAGAUCAGGGCUUUAACCCACUGUGCCACAACACUAGCCCUGAUACAUUUGCACUUUCAAACUUAACAACCCUAGCAGGUAGGCACUGUUGUUACUCUUUUGUACAGAUGAGAAAGUUGAGCCUUGUAAAGAAACUUGCCAAUGGGCAAGUUUUUGGAAAGUGUAUUUGGACUCUGCUCUGUCUGAUUCUUAUGGGCUGGGCCCUUAUAAUUGUUCUAAGUCAUCUUUCCAUCCAGCUAUGCUUUAGAGUCACCUGUGAGGUCUGCUAAAAUUCCAACUCCUGGUUCUGGCAUUGUGGCGAAGCCUAUGAUGGCAACUUUCCAUAUGGUUGCUGAUUCUAGUCCCAGCUGUUCCACCUCCAGUCCAGGUCCCUGAUAAUGUGCUUGGGAAAGUAGCAGAUGUCCCAAGUCCUUGGGCCCAUGCACCCACUUGGGAGGCCUGGAAGAAGCUGCUGGAUCCUGGUUUCAGCCUGGCCCAGCCCUGGCUAUUGCAGUCACUUGGGGAGUAAACCCACUGGAUGGAAGAUCUCUUUAUAUCUUGCUCUCUUUCUCUGUAACUCUUCUUUUCAAAUAAAUAAAUAAAUAAAUCUUUUAAAAAAAUUCCAGCUCCUUGAACUCUGAUACUAUAGUUCUGAGGUAGUGCCUCAUUAGUGUUUUAAUUUUCCAGAUUUAUUGAGGCAUAAUUUAUGUAAAAUUUGGGCCGGUGCCGCGGCUUACCUGGCUAAUCCUCUUCCUGAGGCACCGGCACCCCGGGUUCUAGUCCCGGUUGGGGUGCCGGUUCUGUCCCUGUUGCUCCUCUUCCAGUCCAGCUCUCUGCUGUGGCCCAGGAAGGCAGUGGAGGAUGGUCUAAGUGCUUGGGCCCUGCACCUGCAUGGGAGACCAGGAGGAAGCACCUGGUUCCUGGCUUUGGAUCGGUGCAGCAUGCCAGCUGUAGUGGCCAUUUGGGGAGUGAACCAAUGGAAGGAAAACCUUUCUCUCUGUCUCUUUCUCUCUCACUGUCUAACUCUGCUUGUCAAAAAAAAAAAGAAAAAAAAAUUUGACCACUUCAUGUGUUUAAUUUCAUGAAAUUUAUUAGUGAUGUAGCCUUUUUUUUUAAAAAAGAUUUAUUUAUUUAUUUGAAAGGCAGAGUUACAGAGAGGCAGAAAAAAAGAGAGGGGUCUUCAUCUGCUGGUUCACUCCCCAAAUGCCCGCAGUGGCCUGAGCUGGACCUAUCCGAAGCCAGGAGCCAGGAGCUUCCUCCAGGUCUUCCCAUGCAGGUGUAGGGGCCCAAGGACUUGGGGCAUCUUCUACUACUUUCUCAGGCCAUAGCAGAGAGCUAGAUUGGAAGUGGAGCAGCCAGAACUUGAACUGGCACUCAUAUGGGAUGCUGGCACUGUAGUCGGCGGCUUUACCCACUACAGCACAGCCCCAGCCCCAGUGAUAUGGUCUUGUAUCAUCACAGUCAAGGCAUGAAGCAUGGGGCCGGCAUUGUGGUGUAGCAGGUAAAGCUGCCGCCUGCGAUGCCAGCAUCCCAUAUGGGUGCCAGUUCGAGUUCUAGCUGCUCUUCUGAACCAACUCCCUGCCAGUGUGCCUGGGAAAGCAGCAGAAGAUGGCUCAAGUCUUUGGGCCCCUGCAACCCCCAGAGAGACCCAGAAGAAGCUCCUGGUUCUAGGCUUUGGUCUGGCCCAGCCCUGGCGGUUGUAGCCAUUUGGGGAGAGAGUCAGUGGAGGAAGAUCUCUCUCUCUCUCUGUUUCUUUUCCUCUCUAACUCUUUCAAAUAAAUAAAAUAAAUGUUAUAAUAAAGAGGAAAAAAUAGAAAAGACAUGGAACAUAUCAAAGUGCUAAAAAAUUUUCCUGUGCUCUUUGGUGGAUAGGACCUACUAUUUUAACCAACAUGGCAGAUGGGUUUGACAUACAGCUAGGUUUAGGACUUCUGUACUGUGAUAUGGUGCUUGCAAAUGUGAGGAAUCAAAGUCCUGGAGGGUAAAAUCAAGAAAAGAAGAAAAAGGGCGCUUACAAGGGAGAACUGCUGUUACCAGAUAAACCGUGCUCUCCCGCUCUCUCUGCAGAGAUGGAAUAUGGAAGAAAGAACUUUGAAAACCAAACCCAGGUUGAAGAAACAAAAUGUCUCCUAAUGUAUUUUCUUCCUAAGCUAUGCAAAAGCUAAUAAACCCUAAAUAAAGUUGGAACGAAUGGCUGGAUAAAUUGCCUUGGAGUGGAGGUCGGUGCUUGGAGCUGUGGAGGAAGCUGGGAUAUGAGGAGGGGGCUGGGUGGGGUUAGGAGUGGAAUUAAGACAUUGUUGCUUGGCAGUUGGGAGUGAGACAUUUUCCUCCUGGAAGACACCACCUUAGUUCCUCUGCCUCUAGUCUACAUCUAGAAGUACAGGCAGUGGCCCAGAAAACAGGUAGAAAAUGUAAAAUGCAGCUCUGAAACAGGGCAAGGUUGGAGUAGGGACUUCUCUGCAGGGGUCUGGAGAUUUUGAUCCUUGGCUCAGUUGCAUGAUCUUUUCUAGAUGACAUUCUCUGAGGUAUCUCUAUUCUGCCUGUUUCUCCUGGCCAGUGAGUGGUGAGUGAAGAGUACAGGUGGUAGCAGUACAGUGUCUGCACAUAGACUGUUGUGACGUUGGUUAGCACAGUGAAAGGAGGUUGCAGAGGAGAGUCUAUAGGAUUUUCAUGCCACUAUUAAUAGUUGUAUUGUUUUUAAAGAUUUAUUUAUUCAUUUGAAAAAGAACAGAGAGAGAGAGAGAGAGAGGUGUCUUCCAUCCGAUGGUUCAUUCCCUAAUUGGCCGCAACAGCCGGAAUUGCAUUGAUCAGGAGCCAGGAGCCUCCUCCAGGUCCCCCACAUAGGCACAGGGGCCCAAGGACUUGGGCCAUCUUCCACUGCUUUCCCAGGCCAUAGCAGAGAGCUGGAUGGGAAGUGGAGCAGCCAGGUCUCGAACCGGCGUCCAUAUGGGAUGCCAGCACCUCAGGCUGCGUUACUACGCCGCAGUGCCGGCCCCCUAGUAGUUGUAUUUCCAAACCCGAGUAGGUUCAGCUCUUAAGUAUUUCCUUCCCUGACAUUUUUUCUUUCUCUCUGGUUUGUUACGUGUGGCACGUCUCCCCUUUCCUGUGUGGUGAGGAUAUGAGUAAGGGUAUAUACCCAAAGAGUCAUCACUUCAUUCUCACAUCCCUUUUAUGAAUCACCCCGGCAGGGAUUCUGGGAUUCAGCUUCUGUAUUUGUCACAUUUAGCUCCUUGUGGUCCUGGUGAUUGGCCUCAAGAGGAAGUAUCUGGAGCAGAGCCACAGGCUGAUUAGAAGAGGAAGGGACACAAAGAGAGAAAGAUAGGAGGUGUAUUGUUGUGAGAGGAAGACGUAAAGACACAAAGCUGUAGGGUGUUAAGUUACCCAGACAUCUUCUCCCUGGAGAAAGAGUGAAUUUGGGUAAUGGCCUCAUCUAAGAGGAUACCGUGAGAAUAGUACCCCACUCAGGCUGAGUUCAGGAGGACACAUGACGUUUAAGUUACUGGUAGUUUCUUUCAUCUCAGUGUUCCUCCCUUACUUGAAUGGGUGCUUUGUAGCAGUGCAGAAACUUCACACGUGAAAUUAGAAGGGCGAUAAUGAUUUACUGAGCAUCUUUUGUACUUUGAUAUACAUCCUGCUGCUCCUCCCUGAAGCUCCCUUUUUCUUUUCUUUUUUAAAGAUUUUAUUUAUUUGAAAGGCAGAGAGAGAGAGAUCUUCCUUCCACUCCCCACGUGUCACUCCCCACGUGGCCACCAUGGAUGGGCCUGGCCCAGGAGCUUCUUUGGUGCCUUUCAUGUGGGUAUAGGAGCCCAAGCACUUGUGUCAUCCUCUGCUGCUUUCCCAGGCACAUUAGCAGGAGCUGGGUCGGGAAUGGAGCAGCCAGGAUUUGAACUGGCACCAAGAUAGGGUUCAGGCACUGCAGGUUGCGGCUCAACCUGUUGUGCCACUGCGCUGACUCCAAAGCUCUCUUUUUACUAAGCAAUCACGCAGGUGACUCUGAGAAGAAAAAUCGAACCUUUAGAACAUUGUUGGAGUCAUGGUUUUAGAGCUGAAAGGGACUCUGGAGAUUUUAUGGUCUGCUCCGUCUUGUGAACGAGGGACAGAGCCUGAAGCCCAGUGGGAAGAGACUAGCUAGCUGAAGGCCACUCGGGCAGUGAGUGCAGGGUGCUCCCGAGAAGCCCAGCGGGAACACUGGGGGUGCCAGAAUCCAGAUGCUCAGGUCUGACUUUGCUGAGGCAUGAGAGAAAGCUGCUCAACCAGGUACUUUUUUAAAUUAAGAUUUAUUUAUUUGAAAAGCAGAAAGAGAGAGAUAAAGAUAUCUUCCAUCUGUCGGUUCACUCUCCAAAUGCCCACAACAGCCAUAGCUGGGCCAGGGCAAAGCCAGUAACCAGGAAUUCCACCAGUGUCUACCCAGGUAGGUGGCAAGAACUCAGGUACUGAGAUCCAUCUUUCACUUCUUUCCAGGUGCUUUAGCGGAGACUCUAACCGGUCCUGAUACGGGACACAGGUGCUCCAACACAAGGCUUUAACCUGCUGUGCCCCAGUGUCUUCUCUCUAAACCAUUUGGUAACUGAUGGCCCCAUUACACUUACGCCUCUUGGCUGUGGCUAGAAGACACAUACUGGCUCUGUGCCUUCCACAAGACUGUGUUUUCGUUUGAGAGAUAGGAUACACAGAUACCGAAUUACACCAAGCCAUGUAUUAGGUGUGAGGUGAACAAAGCUGCCGUGAGUAAGUCAGAGGAAGGAGGAUCGAGAGGGAGGAGGCUUCAUUUGCAGCCAUGCUGAAUCACUGUUGCUGAUCAGAUCUCCCGCUGGUCUCCCGGGAGAACCAGGAACAGAGCCGGGAUUCCUCGUACAGGCAUAGUCCGUCGGCUGCCACCCCUGCUGGGCCUCGCACAAUGGAGGGUGAAAGCGUCAAGCCAGGCUCCCAGCCCCCGAUUCAGGCUGGAGAUGAUGAGAAGAACCAGAGGACAGUCACAGUCAACCCUGCCCACAUGGGGAAGGCAUUCAAGGUUAUGAAUGAACUGCGGAGUAAGCAGCUGUUGUGUGACGUGAUGAUUGUGGCAGAAGAUGUCGAGAUAGAAGCCCACCGUGUGGUCCUGGCAGCCUGCAGCCCCUACUUCUGUGCGAUGUUCACAGGUGACAUGUCUGAGAGUAAAGCCAAGAAGAUUGAAAUCAAGGAUGUGGAUGGGCAGACGCUCAGUAAGCUGAUUGACUACAUCUAUACUGCUGAAAUCGAGGUGACUGAAGAGAACGUCCAGGUGCUGCUCCCAGCAGCCAGUUUGCUGCAGCUCAUGGACGUUCGUCAGAACUGCUGUGACUUCCUGCAGUCUCAGCUGCAUCCCACCAACUGCCUGGGCAUUCGUGCAUUUGCAGAUGUGCACACCUGCACUGACCUUCUGCAGCAGGCCAAUGCCUAUGCAGAGCAGCACUUUCCAGAGGUGAUGCUGGGGGAAGAGUUUCUUAGCCUAAGUCUGGACCAGGUGUGCAGCUUGAUAUCCAGUGACAAGCUGACCGUGUCUUCGGAAGAAAAGGUGUUUGAGGCUGUGAUUUCGUGGAUCAAUUAUGAGAAAGAAACACGUUUAGAGCACAUGGCAAAGCUGAUGGAACAUGUCCGGCUCCCUCUCUUACCUAGGGAUUACCUGGUCCAGACCGUGGAAGAAGAAGCGUUGAUAAAGAAUAACAACACCUGUAAGGACUUCCUCAUUGAGGCAAUGAAAUACCACCUGCUCCCUCUGGACCAGAGGCUACUGAUUAAGAACCCAAGGACCAAACCCAGGACUCCAGUCAGCCUACCGAAGGUCAUGAUUGUGGUUGGUGGCCAGGCGCCCAAGGCAAUCCGUAGUGUGGAGUGCUAUGAUUUCGAGGAGGACCGGUGGGAUCAGAUUGCUGAACUUCCGUCCCGGAGAUGCAGAGCAGGUGUGGUGUUCAUGGCUGGCCAUGUGUAUGCUGUGGGCGGGUUUAACGGCUCGCUGCGGGUACGGACGGUGGACGUGUAUGACGGCGUGAAGGACCAGUGGACGUCCAUUGCCAGCAUGCAGGAACGCCGGAGCACACUGGGUGCAGCGGUGCUCAACGACCUGCUCUACGCCGUGGGAGGCUUUGAUGGCAGCACUGGCCUGGCGUCGGUAGAAGCCUACAGCUACAAGACCAACGAGUGGUUCUUUGUGGCCCCGAUGAACACGCGGCGGAGCAGCGUGGGUGUGGGCGUUGUAGAAGGGAAGCUGUACGCCGUUGGGGGCUACGAUGGGGCCUCCCGCCAGUGCCUGAGCACCGUGGAGCAGUACGACCCAGCGACCAACGAGUGGAUCUACGUGGCGGACAUGAGCACCCGCCGCAGUGGCGCAGGGGUUGGGGUGCUCAGCGGACAGCUGUAUGCCACAGGUGGGCACGACGGGCCGCUGGUGAGGAAGAGUGUUGAGGUUUAUGAUCCCGGAACAAACACCUGGAAGCAGGUGGCGGACAUGAACAUGUGCCGGCGCAAUGCAGGGGUCUGUGCAGUGAAUGGGCUGCUGUAUGUGGUCGGCGGAGACGAUGGCUCCUGCAACCUGGCCUCGGUGGAGUACUACAACCCGGUCACCGACAGAUGGACGCUGCUGCCAACCAACAUGAGCACAGGGCGCAGCUACGCAGGUGUUGCUGUGAUUCACAAGUCCUUGUGACCCAAACUCCCACUGCCAGGAGGUGGAGCAAGGAGCAAGUUCUGCCUGUGACUCACAACUGCAGGGCCACGAAGACUGGAUUGGACUCCUGGGGAGGGUCCGCGGGGUUGUGACAGCUGCCCUUCUCCCACUGGGCACACUGAUGUCAUCCCUAGCAGCGUGGCAGAGUGGACGCUGGCCACCACCUCCUGUUCCCCUGAGGUGCUUUGGUCUCUGCUCCUGACAGCAGGCCCGGAAGCAUCUCUGGGAUUUUAUUUUUGGAGUUUCUACAGGGACACCAGGGAGCCUGGAAUGUGUGUGUGUGUGCGUGUGCGUGUGUGUGUGUGUGUGUGUGUGUCGUGGUGUUUCACUCAGUUGAGGGGUGAAGAUGUGUGCUAGUCUACUGGAUUUCUUUACUACUGAUCCUUUUGCGAUGCUGAAAAUCAAAUCACAGGAACCUGUCUCCUGGAGUUGUCCCCCGGGGACCCAGGACUACUAAAGCUGCUGCCUCCCGGAGCCCCAGCUGGACAGGCUGAGACUAUCCCAGAGUGACCGGCCGGCGGGAGGAGUGUCCUCCGACCGUGCCCGCGUACAGCACUUGACUACCGCAACUCUGUCUGCAGAGGGGCUGGGGCCUUCUCGGAGCUGCGCCACAUCCUCUCUCCACUCGACCGUGGGACAGACAGCUUUCGCAGGAGCCUCAGCUGGCCCUGCUUCCUUGGGCCGUCCUCCAGGAAGAAGAUAAGGACUGUCCAUUCUUCAUGCCGGGGCCUGCGCUCUUUGAUGUCGUGGACUGCAGGAUUGGGAGGUUUUGUGUCUCUUGAGGUGGGAAAAGCAGCUCUUUAGAGAAGCCACAGGGUGCCCACUGGAGGAAGAAAAUACAGAGGAAAAGGAAACACAAAAACAGAAAGCCAAAGUGCUAAUGAUUUGGUCUCUGCCUGUGGCGGUCUGAGAGAGGGGUCUUACUUCUGGAUCUUCCAGGGCUCCGCAGUCCCCAGUUCACUUCCUGUGCAGGCUCCAUGCUUAACAGGGCCCUGUCUUGUUCUCAGAAGUGUUCUGGUUUGCAGGGUAAGUCAAAGGUCACCUCCCUCCAAACUCAAAGGGAGGUGGACAGGAGCACGUGUUGUUCAGAUGGGCGGUGGCGGAGCUGGCCCUCAGCCCUAGUGGUGACGCUCCAGCCGGUCUAGAGCCUUGGCUUCCUCUCCUGGGCUCCCCCGCUCUUGCAGGGUCCGUCCUCUCUCCCCAGUAGCCAGCACACACCCUCCCCUCGCCCUGGCUUCUCCUGUUGGGGAGGGGGGGUGAUGGGCUCUGGAUUUGAGAGCUCUUCUGGGGAUUCCUGCAUGUAAAGAGAGGAGCUUGGUGAGAGCUGUGCUAAUUCACACGGAAAACUUGUUAAUGACAGAACUUCAAGCACCCGGAGAGGGUAUUUGAGGGUGUGAGGUCUUUUGCUAUACUGUUCCUAAACUAGCAAAUUGCCUGUGUUGGAAUUUCUGCCAUGAGGAGUGCGGAGCCACUGUCCUGGAGAACAGUUUCACGCCUCAGGGACUGCGGCGCGGUUUGCGUGGGACUUCUGACAGCUAGGCUUUGCGCAAGCAGAGAGCACGGGACGGUGGCACUUCUCGCCAUGAGCUCCUACAGUUAGAAACCUGGACAGCUCCUGGGCUGGCUGGCUGCUCUGUGUGUUUCCUGUGUGCUGUGCCCUAAAUGUGCAAUUAUCCUGCAGACCAAACUCCUCUCUCUGGUGUUAAGCAGAUGUCAGUUCGGUAGGACAUUUGGAGAGCACCAAGGCACUCAGAGGUGUUCGUAGCCUUGGGGAGAGGCUAAAGCAUCCAGAUCUGGUGGACCCCGAAGAAGUGUCCCUGAAGGAACCCUGGCAUGUUGAGGCUGGGUGCUCUGCUCUUUCCUGGUGCUGGGGUGAGACUGGUUCUCGAGCCCUGUCUGGCUGUCUGCUGAUGGAAUGAGCCUUUCAUCGCAGACGUCGUGGUGGGCAUGCAGUGUGGUGGGAGGAGGUUGGGGAUUGGGCUCUGAUGAGAGGUCGGAUCCUCAUCCCUGCCCCCACCUCCGAGGAGCCAGGCUUUCGUGCUUCCGUGGAGGAGGUUGUGUGUCCUGGGCCGACUUCCCAGAGAGGGCCUCCCCUGUGAGCUGCCCACUCGGGUUUUUUGCUUCUGGGUUUCUGUCCUCCCUCCCACUCGUGCUCCCUUCCUGGGAAGCCCUGCCUCUGCUGCUGGUGCUGCGGAGGCCACGUUCAUUUCGUCCCCGCGUCCUUCCUUGAGGGCACCAGAACGCGGGAGCCUCCUUACCCAAAAGCCAAUCUGCUCUAGUUGCCUACAGCGGCCACCCCAAAACUGCUGCUGCCUCCUCAUCACCCGGUGCCACUCUCUCUCCACCCUGGACGCAGCAGACUUGUUCUCAGGCCUCUGCUGGCCGCUCAGGGCGGCCACUGCUUGAUUGUGACUGUGGCUCUGCCCGUGGCGUAUCUGAAAUUUGAUGGCAGUGCUGAAAGGGAGUUGAGGCCCAAGGUUAGAAGCAGCUUAGACGCCACUUGGACACUGAUUUGAACAAUGCAGAAAUCAGAUUCUGAACUCCAGAGUUCCUUCUCCUAAGUACCCAGUGGCAUCUCUCCAUCUAACAAGAUGCAGUGUUAUGCAAAUGACAAUGACCUCACUUUCUGCUAUGCAAUAAGAAUACUUAAUUCUAUUUCAUGACAAGCCAGUUGCAAUAUCCCCUAAGAUGCUUUUUGAGCUGUCUUACUUUGAUAUCUGCUGUGUAAUGUUUGUAUGUUUCUGAGCCAGAUCCUUUCCAAGAUUGCUUUUUUAUAAAAUUGAAGCUAUAGCUUUCAGGCUAAAAUUUUAAUGUAGAUAUUUUUUAUAAGAUAAUUUUCCGAGAUCUCUGAAUCACUUUUUAUUGUCCACAAUAUGCAAUGUUGUCUUCUCUCUGUUGUUCACUCUCAAAGCAAAGCCUAUGCCUUGGAGCCAUCUUCCUUUUUCUCACUUUCCCCAAACAGAUUUUUCUGGAGCUCCAGGUAGAUGGGUCUCCUGUUCUGUACUAUAUUCAAGGGAGACUGCUGAAUUUAAAAAAUGUGGCCACUGGUGUUUCUUGAAUUGCUAAGGGCUAAGGUCAAGGUUGACUCAGCGUUUACCCAUUACAUUGCUUGUCUAUUUUUUUUUUUUUUUGAGUCUGCUUUAUGCAGGCGUGAGGUUGGGUUGGCCCAUCUUGUGGUGCCUCUUGCUACCUGGCACUGUGCCUGGCACACUGUGGCAGAGAAGGCUGGCCCUCCAGUGUCUGCCCCAGAGCGUCCUAGGCUCGGCAGACCAUUCUUCCUUUACUUCUUCCCCCUCGAUCUUCAGCUGCCAGUAGCUGUGGCCUUUGCUGCCAAGUCGUGUCCUUUUUGGACUUUAAAAGACGGGUCACUCCUCACAAUCCCUGGUAAGAAUGUGUUAAAUGCGUGCUCUGCGAAUGCUUCCCUGUGUUUAAACUCUAUGUCUACACUCCAGGCUCUGUGUUGUGUGUUUAUCUGCCAUUAGCCUCAUGGUUUUUCCUUUUUUUGUCAUUGUUGGAACAGGUGCCAUUUAGAUCGCCUCCAUGCUCCCCAUUUGCACGCACUUAGUUCACGUUGAGAGGCUGCCAGCACGGUUCCAAUCCACUGGAAUUUUUAAGGCUCUGUUUGCUUGGAGAAGCAGGAGGUUGGAAUGUAUUUUUUUUUUCCUUGUUUGCACUAUGUACAGUCCUGAGCCCCUCAUGUUCAGCUGUGCUGUGUAGCUACUGACCACGCAGGCAAGCCAGCAGCACUGCCCACAUCUGGGAAAGGAAGCAGCGUCUUCCAUAGUGGCUAAUCACAGCCUCGCAGCCCCUGCACAGCCUUUGUCAUGGACUCAGUAACUCAUGGAUGUGGCACUGUGGCAUUUGCGGGAACAAGUGGCCCUGGUGCUGUGUUCUUGCCUUGGAUUAUGAGAUAGUAAAUUAUCCCCUGCCCCUUUCAGUGGCAAUAAAGAGCUUGGUUGAACUUAUUGUUCCAUUUGUAUAUGACAUGUAAAAUAUUUUCUCUGUAAGAACACUCAAGACUCAGACUGUGUGUGACUGCAUGGGUGCUGUCCCUGUGCUUAUCAGGGGCAGGUGGACUUGAGCGCUGGCACCCUGUACAGCACGGCGCACAGGGGAGCUCCCUGAUCUGGGGUGCUCUGCAUGGGUGGUCGGGACCACGUCUUGUACAAGCACACUUGCCACGUGCCUAUGAGUUGCAGCCAUAGCUGAAGAGACAUUUCCUCCAAUGUACUGUUGUUACAGGAAUCAUGUUCUAGUCUCCCGUACUUUAUGUUUAAUUUUAAUAAAAGCUGUACUGUGUGAACCGUGCUCAGCAUUUCAUUUCUGUAGUCAAGCCUCUCCAUUUUCUCUCAGAUGUGAAAAAGACUUACUCCUGCAUGGCUUCCAGUCUUUGGAUUGUUCUCUUAAAGCUCUGUUGAACAUGAGGCCGGCGUUGUGUCUCAGCAGGUUAAGCCACUGCCUGCGAUGCUGGCAUCCCACCUGAGCGCUGGGUGAUGUCCUGGCUUCUCUGCCUCUGCUCCA